AUGGCUCUCAAGAAAAAACGCGGUGGCAAGAGCUUGGCUCAUGGGCGCCCACCAACACUGCAAAAACCCAAAUCAAUAUCACGCCAAGCGACAAAAUCAUUGAUCAAUGCCCACCAUGUCCUAGAGAAGCGCAAAGCUCAGGCAGUCGCGAAGGGCGACAACGCCGCGCAAGCUGCAAUCGACAAGGAAAUUGCAGCACUGGGCGGGAUCGAGAAGUAUCAGCAAGCAAGUCUUCAGGGCCAGCGCAAUGAUCGGGGAGGUGAUAGUUCCAGGGUCUUGAUGGAUUGGUUGAAACCAGUUCAGUCCCUUCUGAAAGCAGGAACGGAUCUCCCGCUUCGCAUGCUUGAGGUUGGGGCUUUGAGCGCCACCAAUGAGUGCUCGAAAAGUCGCUUAUUUGCCAUGGAGAGGAUCGACUUGAACAGUCAGGGCGAUGGUAUAUUACAGCAAGACUUUAUGGCAAGGCCACUUCCGAAGGACGACUCCGAGAGAUUCGACAUCAUCAGCCUAUCACUGGUUGUGAACUUUGUUCCAGAUGUCCAAGGACGAGGUAGCAUGCUCUUAAGAACACUGGACUUUCUCAGGCCGCCAGGCACUGCUGUGGAUGGCCCUGACAGAUUCUUCCCUAGCCUAUUCCUUGUGCUUCCCGCACCAUGUGUGACGAACUCACGUUAUAUGGACGAGGCUAGACUUGAGGCUAUCAUGAAUUCCUUGGGUUACACGAAGACAGAAUCUAAGCUGACACAGAAGCUGGUUUACUAUCUCUGGACUAGGACCUCGCCCGUCGUAUCGACUGCCAAGUUUGUCAAAGACCAACUCCGAACAGGCGGUUCCAGAAACAACUUUGCUAUCGUACUCCAGGGCUCGGCUGGCUGA